GCGGUGGCUGGAGAGCUUGUGCCACAGCCUGCAGCAACGCCGCGUCGCCGCCGCUAGCGCUGGCCAUACAUCGCAUAGAUAUCGCACGACUGCGUCUUCGUCGCGCAAGGCGCUGCCUGUGGACCACGGCGGGACGCGAAACUUCCGCAGCAAUGCUCCCACCAUCACCACUCGACGCCUUCCGGCGCGGCAUCGGCCAGGUGCUGAGGACGGGCCUGUCGCCGGCCUUCGAGGGCGCGGCGUCGUCGGCGACCGCAAAUAGAUCCUUGGCCGCAGCGGUCCGACAAAAGUGCCGCGCGGGCGCGUUGACGGGGCCGACGGCGGGCCUCGCGCCGGGCCACGCGCAGGCGAACCUGGUCUGCGUGCCGAAGGCGCACGCCUUUGAUUUUGCGCGGUUCUGCCUCCUGAACCCGCGGCCCUGCCCGCUGCUCGCGAUCGCGGCGACGCCGACCGACCUGUCUCCAACAAUCGCGCGCGACGCGGACCUCGCGCGCGACCUGCCGCGCUACCGCGUCUGGCGCGACGGUGUGGUCGUGGAAGAUGUCAAUGACGCGUCGCACGUCUGGACCGGGGACGAGCUGACGGGCUUUCUGCUGGGUUGCUCGUUCUCGUGGGAGCAGGCGCUCGCGGACGCGGGCUAUCCGCCGCGGCACGUCGAGGCCGGGACGAACGUGGCCAUGUACGUGACUAACGUGGAGAACGCCGCGUCGGGCCCCUUUGGCGGUUUUUUGGUUGUGUCCAUGCGGCCGUACGCGCCGGAGGCCGUGCCGGCCGUCGCGGCGCUGACGGAGGCGUACCCCGCGGCGCACGGCGGUCCGGUGCAUUGGGGCGACCCCGCCGCGCUGGGCAUCGGGGAUCUGUCCGCGCCGGACUUCGGCGACGCCGUCCGCGUGGCCCCGGGCGAGGUGCCCGUCUUCUGGGCCUGCGGCGUGACGCCCCAGUCGGCGCUCGCGGAGGCCGCGCUGCCGCUCUGCGUGACGCACGCGCCGGGCCACAUGUUCGUCUGCGACCUCGUCGACGAGGCGCUGCGCGUUGUGUGA